GAUUAGCUGCAAGAUGUUUUAUACGCAGUUGUUUAUGUCCAAACGAGGCCCUCUGGCUAAAAUAUGGCUGGCUGCACACUGGGAAAAGAAGAUUACAAAAGCUCAUGUUUAUGAGUGCAAUCUGGAGACUACAGUUAAAGAUAUACUUUCACCAAAGAUGAAAAUUGCUUUGAGAACAUCAGGACAUUUGCUUGUAGGAGUUGUGAGGAUCUAUUCCAGGAAAGCAAAAUAUCUCUUGGCAGACUGCAAUGAAGCAGUUGUUAAAAUAAAAAUAGCCUUUCGUCCAGGUAUAACGGAUCUCUCUGAAGACAACCUGGAAGCUCCCUAUAAAGCUAUUACCUUGGUUGAGGACUUCCGUGACUUUGAAUCACAGCUGCCUGACGUGAAUGCCAUUGAAGUUGCUGAGCAUUUUACUCUGAACCAAAGCAGGACUGAAGAAAUCACUCUUAAAGAAGAUUAUGGAAAUAGCUUUCUUAUUUAUGAUGAUAACUUUGGUAAGGAUUCAGAUAGAGAAGAUCCUGCCUCUGUUCAACCAGCAGAGGAUGCUCAGACACUACAGGAAACAACUCUGCUGGGAGAUGAGAAGGAGGGAUUUGCACUGGAACCUGUUAUAAUGACUCCCAAUUUAGAACGAAAAAGGGGCAAGAGGAAGAGGAAACUUGUUGUGGAUGAAACAAAGGAACUGUCAAGUGAAACCAUCAGAGAUCAGAUCACAGACUGUUCUGAUAUCACCAGUACGUUAGACAUUGCCCCUCCUACGAAGUCACUGAUGAAGUGGAAAGAGACUGGUGGGGCGGAUAAGCUCUUUUCACAGCCAAGCUUUAGUUUGAUGAGCAGUCAGCUACAAAAGAAUCUGAAUGAAGUGUUUUCUGCCACACAGGAGGUCAGUGAAACCCAGACAGCCUUGCUGGACAUGCCGUCUGAGGAUUCUAUGCUUGUUAAUCCUUCCAUGGGGCAGGAAAGAAAACUUGACCAAAGUCUAACUCAAAUGGAAAAGGCACAAGCAGCAGUGGAUGGUCAGAAUUUUGAAGAGAAAAAACUGAACAAGAGAGUUCAGCACCUGUUACAUACUUUACAAAAACAAGAGCACUCUGGAUGCGCUGCAUUUAACUUUCAAGAACUGUGCAGGAAUGAAACCCGUAAACAUGCUGCUGCGACGUUCUUCUGCUUUUUGGUGUUGAAGAAGCAGAAUGCAAUUGAGCUCACCCAGAUUAAACCUUAUGGUGAUAUCAUUGCAACCCCAGGACCAAACUUUUAUAAAAAAAAAUAUUUAAAAAAAUGAGUAAAAUAAAUUUAUUUGGC